AUGGUAUUACCCGAUUUAAAACAAUUUCAAAUAUGGUUUGUUACAGGUUCACAAAAUCUUUAUGGUACAGCAGUAUUACAUCAAGUUGAUGAACAUUCAUUACAAAUAGCUACAAGUUUAGAUCAAGAUAAACAAAUACCUGUAUCGAUUAUAUUUAAACCUGUACUUAAAUCAGCAAUAGAAAUAUUUGAAUUAUGUCAAAUGGCAAAUAUAGAUAAAAAAUGUAUUGGUCUUAUUUUAUGGAUGCAUACAUUUUCACCAGCAAAAAUGUGGAUAAAUGGUUUAAAAAUUCUUCAUAAACCAUUUGUUCAUUUACAUACACAAUUUAAUCGUGAUAUACCAUGGAAAACAAUUGAUAUGGAUUUUAUGAAUUUAAAUCAAAGUGCUCAUGGUGAUAGAGAAUUUGGGCAUAUAUGUUCACGUAUGAGAAUUAAUCGAAAAGUUAUAACAGGUCAUUGGGAAGAAAAACGUGUAAGAGAACAAUUAAGUAUAUGGAUGCGGGCAACAUGCGCGUAUGCUGAUUGGCAAGGUGCACGUUUUGUACGUUUUGGUGAUAAUAUGCGUGAUGUAUCAGUUACAGAAGGUGAUAAAGUUGAAGCUGAACUUAAAUUUGGUUAUUCAGUUAAUACAUAUAGUAUAAAUGAUUUAAAAUUUGAAAUUGAUCAAAUUAAUGAAAAUGAUAUUGAUAAAUUAUGUAAAGAAUAUGAAGAACAAUAUGAUAUAGUUGAUGAAUUAAAAAAAGAAAAAAAUCAAUCAUUACGAGAAGCAGCUAAAAUUGAACUUGGCCUUCGAAAAUUUCUUGAAAAAGGAACUUAUAAAGGUUUUACUGAUACAUUCGAAGAUUUAGAUGGACUUCGACAAUUACCAGGUAUUGCUGUUCAACGAUUAAUGAAAGAUGGUUAUGGAUUUGGUGCUGAAGGUGAUUGGAAAACUGCUACGAUUGUUCGUGCUCUUAAAGUUAUGAGUAUUGGUUUAAAAAAUGGUGGUAAUUCUUUUAUGGAAGAUUAUACAUAUCAUUUAGAAACAGAUAAUGAAAUGGUACUUGGUGCACAUAUGCUUGAAAUAUGUGAAAGUAUUGCUUCAACAAAACAGAAACCAUCAUGUGAAAUUCAUCCAUUAGGUAUUGGUGGUAAAGAAGAUCCUGUACGACUUGUAUUUAAUUCUGAUGCUGGUUCAGCUAUAAAUCUAUCAUUAAUUGAUAUGGGUAAUCGAUUUCGUUUAUUAAUCAAUGAAGUUGAUGCUAUUGAACCAUUAGAUUCUUUACCUAAUUUACCUGUUGCACGUGUUAUUUGGAAACCUAAACCGGAUAUGAGAACAGCAUGUACAGCUUGGAUUUUAGCUGGUGGUGCACAUCAUACAUGUUAUAGUCGAUCAAUAACAACUGAAUAUAUACGUGAUUUUGCUGAAAUAAUUGGUAAUAUUGAAUGUAUUGUUAUUGAUGAUAAAACAACAAUAGAUAAUUUAAAAAAUGAAUUAAAAUGGAAUGAUAUGUAUUAUCUUCUUCAUAAUAAAUAA